CUAUAGCAAAACUAGAUGGGAAACUCCAUCAUGUCACCUCUGAUAUCCAAAUUCUCAAACCAGGAAGCAAGUUUGCCCAUUUCGCCUUCGAAUCUCAUUUGGUUCCGCUCAACGUCAGUUAUGGACCAAACUCCCAUCGGAGACAAGAAGAGGCAGAGAAGUAGGAGCUCAGUAGUAUCACAGACCACAGUUCACUCCCUGGAGCACGACAUCCUCUGCUUCAUCUUCUCCUUCCUCGACUUCUUCGACCUCGUCCGAUGCUCUGUCGUCUGCAAAUCCUGGAAUUCGAUUGUGAAUAAGUCUAAGUUGCUGCAACUGUUCUGUUACAAGCAGCAGCAGAUGGGUUUUGUGGGUGUUUCCAAUAGGUCUAGUAAUUCGGAGGAAUCUUUGAAAUUAUACUUGGAGGAGAUUGCUAUGAAACAUCAUAGAUUGGCUUUGCAAGAGGGUGUUAUUCAUAUUGAUCAGUGGAAAGGCCAUUCUGCUGGGGUGGAUCAGUGCCGAAUGAAGAUGGGCUUACUUCUUACUGGUGUAGGUGAUAAGGUAAUGCGUCUUUGGUCCUUAGAAAGCUAUAAAUGCUUGGAAGAAUAUUCCAAUCCAGAGACAACCCCUAUAGUUGACUUUGAUUUUGAUGAGAGCAAGAUUGUUGGUUUGGUUGGCACUCGUAUAUGUAUAUGGAGGCGAAAUGGGACAAGAAGUAUUUUUUCCUCCCGGGAGUCCACCUUUUCAAAAGGUUUAUGCAUGCGAUACUUCGAUCCAGAAGCUGUGGUUGGGUGUGAGGAUGGGACUGCUCGUGUUUUUGACAUGUACAGUAGGAAAUGUUCUCAAAUAAUUAGGAUGCACGCUGGGCCUAUAACUUCCUUAUGUUUGAGCGAUGAUCAGUUAAUUCUCAGUGGUUCCUCUCUUGGAAGUAUCACAAUAUCAGGUCUGCAAUCUGAUCAGCGGGUAGCAAAACUAAGAUCAACAGAUUCCACAGCAGGCAUUAGGACACUGUGUUUCAACCCAUGUUCUCACGUAGUGUUUGCUGGAUCAACUGCUGGAUAUGCUUCCUGUUGGGACCUUAGGACAAUGAGAAGUUUAUGGGAGACACGAAUUAGUCCAAAUGUCAUAUAUUCCUUACAACUACUUCGGAAUGACAAGUCAACCUUAGUUGCUGGUGGAAUAGAUGGUGUUCUACGCAUUUUGAACCAGAAUACGGGUGAAGUUGUUUCUAGCAUCGUUUUGGAUGGCAACAGAUCCAGUUCUCAACACCGUCAUGGUGCCAUCGAAAGAUUCAAAGGAAGAAGGCUUUCAGAAGAUACCCGCAUUGACAGCAUUCCCGGAAGUUCCCGUCGUCCAAUUACUUGCUUGGCUGUUGGGAUGAAGAAGGUUGUCACCACACACAACAGUAGGUAUAUUAGACUCUGGAAAUUCAACAAGUAGUUUCAGAUCACUGUUAUGUGAAAGAAAAUUGAUCUCGAAUGUAUCAUUAUGUAUUAUUGUGAUUUUCUUCCAUUCAUUCAUCUGUAAUGGGCUCUUUGAUUCAAGAGCCAUUUUGCCAUAUUUGUCUAUUUUGAAUUCCAGGCAUCUUUUCUUGGAAAAUUUGAUUAAUUCUCAUUACCCAUUUCACCAAGCAAAUAAAGGGGAAUAAAGAAAUAUAAGUAUA